CUCUCUGUAAUACCCCAAAAUUUCCUAGAGCGUUAAGUUGAGUUAGGGACUUAAUGAUGAAGAAACAUUAUUAAUGGACCUAAUUGUCAAUUUUUCAAACUUCAAAGGGGUUAAACUCUUAUUGGAUAAGGCCGGCUGACUCAUUUCUUUUUUUUCUUUUUCUUUUCUUUCCUUCUUUCUCCCAGCCAUUUCGCGUUUGCUCUGUUUUUCUCCCUGCUUCAGCCGAAGUGAACCCAGCCAUUUUCCAGCGUCCCCAUCUGCAAAAUUGGUAAGAGAACUUGAUGAUUUUGUUCUCCUCUUGCCCAAGAACAAGUUUAGGACUUAGAAAUCUUUUCCCUUGCAGAAAUUUUCCCAGAUCUGCUGCUUUCUUCCUUCCCUGCCGCCGGCCACAGCUGGGUGUGAGUUCGGUUUUCCUGUGGCCCUGUGGAAGUCCUCCAAUUUUUCCCGCCGGCUCUUCCCUUUACCGCCAGCUCCAGCUUUGCUUGUUGAGCAUUUCUGGUCCUUGUUUGCCCUGUGGUCUUAGCACUUGGAUUAGGCCUUCUGUUCUGCGUGACUAAGGUAAGUAAAUCGUGGUAAUGCCCUUAAAUUUUUGAAGCAUAUUUUAACUGUUUUCUGAGAUGGUGGCGAGGUUUAAAUGGAUUUAUUCGCAUUUGAGCAUGAUUGAAAAGGGAAAUUAAACUUUUAUCAUUUUCCUUAUUUUCUAAAAUUAAGCAUGCCCACAUGAGAUCCUUUUGAUUUAUUCUUGAAAGUGAGAACGAUUGUGAAUUUCGGUUUUGUUUGUAAAGUUUGCUUGGUUUUGUCUCCAAUAUGGUCGUGAUAAUCGUGUGCC